AUGGUACUUGAGCAUUGCUUUCUGGGCUUCCUCCUCGGCCUCCUUCCGACUGGCGGAGUAGGAACUCAGCCAACUCACAACUCUCUGAAGCCCCAGAGGGUGCGAUUUCAGUCGCAAAACUUUCAUAAUGUUUUGCUCUGGCAGCCUGGGCAAGCACUUGCCACCAACAGGAGCAUCUAUUUUGUGCAGUACAAAGUGUAUGGUGAGAGUGAGUGGAAAAGUAAAGAGGAGUGUUGGGGCACUCAGGAACUCUUUUGUGACCUCACAAAUGAAACCUCGGAGCUGCAGGAGCCCUAUUAUGGGAGGGUGAGGACGAGCCACUCGGGCUGGAGCACGACUUCCCGCUUCAUCCCCUGGUGGGAAACAAAAAUAGAGCCUCCAGUCAUCAAUAUCACCAGAGUUAAUGGAUCGCUGUCAGUGGUUAUCCGUGCUCCAGAUUUGCCAUAUAGACACCAAAAGGGAAAAAUGACAUCAGUGGAAAAUUACUAUGAACUAGAAUACCGAGUUUUUAUAAUUAAAAAUUCACUAAAAAUGGAGAAGCAAGUCUACGAGGGGCCUCGCAGAGUUGUUGAAAUUGAAGCUCUCAUACCUCCCUCUGGCGCCUGCAUCGUGGCCGAACUAUACAUGCCCAGGCUUUACCGAGGAAGCCCGAGAAGCGCAAAGAGAUGCGUGGGAGGGGCAUAAAUUGGAACCCAGGUCUCCUGAGGAUGAAAAGCCAAAGUUCUCCAGGAGGAGGAAAGCUUUAUGUAGGAGGCUCUUACUGAAAGUCAUUUUUCGAUUUUCUUGAAGCAGUGAUCACCCUUACCUUUGAGGGGCUUCUUUGUUUAUCCGUUCUUUCUUCUUUUUCAAGUA